UUCCUGCUGCUUUUAUACCCAGGAUGGCAUCAGGCAGGGCACGUUGCACCCGAAAGCUCCGGAACUGGGUGGUGGAGCAAGUGGAGAGCGGGCAGUUCCCAGGAGUGUGCUGGGAAGAUGAGGCUAAGACCAUGUUCCGGAUUCCCUGGAAGCACGCAGGCAAGCAGGACUUCCGGGAGGAUCAGGAUGCUGCCUUCUUCAAGGCCUGGGCGAUAUUUAAGGGAAAGUACAAGGAGGGGGACUCGGAAGGCCCUGCUAUCUGGAAGACUCGUCUGCGCUGUGCUCUGAACAAGAGUUCUGAGUUCCAGGAGGUUCCUGAGAAUGGCCACAGGGAUGGGGCUGAGCCCUACAAGGUGUACCGGCUGCUGCCACCCGAAACCCUCCCCGCUCAGCCAGGGACCCAGAAAUCACCAUCAAAGCGACACCACAGUUCUGUGUCCUCUGAGAGGAAGGAGGACGAGGUUACCACGAAGAACUGCAUACUCAGCCCCUCCUUGCUCCAGGACCCCCUCAAAAAUGAGCUGGUGGAGAGCAGUGGGGGAGCAGCCUCUUCAGACUCCGGGAGCAGCAGCAGCAGCAGCAGCCCAGAGCCUCAGGAAGGUAGGGACACAGCUGAGGCCCCUCUCCAAGGAAAUCUGGUAUCCCCAGAGCUUCUGCCCCCUCCAGGUUCAGACUACUCUCUGCUGCUCACCUUCAUCUACGAUGGACGUGUGGUGGGUGAGGCCCAGGUGCAGAGCCUGGACUGCCGCCUCGUGGCUGAGCCCUCGGGCUCCCAUUGCGGCAUGGAGCAGGUGAUAUUUCCCAAACCCGGCCCACAAGAGCCCACCCAGCGCUUGCUGAGCCAGCUCCAGAGAGGGGUCCUGGUGGCCAGCAACUCCCGAGGCCUCUUUGUGCAGCGCCUUUGCCCCAUCCCCAUCUCCUGGGAUGCGCCUCAGGCUCCACCUGGUCCAGGCCCACACCUGCUGCCCAACAAUGAGUGCGUGGAGCUCUUCAGAACCGCCUAUUUCUGCAGAGACCUGGCCAGGUACUUCCAGGGCCUGGGCCCCGCACCCGAGUUCAAGGUGACACUGAAUUUCUGGGAGGAGAGCCCUGACCCCAACCACACCCCACAGAGUCUUAUCACAGUGCAGAUGGAGCAGGCCUUUGCCCGACAUUUACUGGAGAAGACUCCAGAGGAUCAGGCAGCCAUCCUGUCCCUGGUGCAGAGCCUGGAGGACCCGGCCCCUUCUCCUCUCUCUGCUCCUCCUAUCUGCUUUGAGAGAGCCUCUUCCUCCACGCUCUCAACCUGCCUCCCAUGUUACUUUGCUCCAGGCUUCCUGAACCCACCAGACAUUUCUGCCUCAGGACCUUUGCACUUGCUGGUUCUUUUGUCUAAAACACUCUUCCUUCAGGUAAGCACAUGACUUGACCCUCUCUUUAGAGAGGGCUUCCCUGAGCAACCAACUCAAAUAGCAGCCCUCACUAUUCUCUGUUCUCUUAUGCUGCCUCAUUUUUCUUCAUAGCACUGAUUACCACUUCACACAUUUCUAUUUGUCUACUUGUUUGUCAUCACUCCUUCCCUAUUCCAUGAGAACAGGGGUUUGUUUUGUUCAUUGCUAUAUCCCCAGUGUCUAGAGUAGUGCCUGGCACUUGGUAGGCAUGUAAUAAAUACUUGUUGAAUGAAUGGACAGAUGAAUGAGCAAAUUACUGUGUCCUUUAUCUCUUAAAUUAGGUCCUAAGCACCUUAAGGGCAGGUGCCCGCACUUUAUCAUAUUUGUGCCCCAGCGUGAACACUUAUGAACACUGACAAUAUAUGUACAGUGAUCAAAACAAUCUGUAAGUAUCAUGUAGAAACCAAUUUAGCCAAGCACCAUGGAAUAGGGAUUGGAAACACUGGAAUUCAAAAGAGCAGAGUUCCCAACCGGGCUGCCACUAAGGAGCUGUGUGGUCUGGAACAAACAGUCCAUAUGGGCCUCUGUUUUCUCAUCUGUAAAGGCAAGUCUUGGACUAGAUUUUGAAAUCCCGUUCAGCCUUGAUAUUCUGUGGUAAAUUUAGGGCAAUUGCACAUUCCUCUGACAAACAUUUGCUGAGCUAAGUUUUAGGCACUAAUGGAAAAAACAACCUCUCAAGAGUUCCCGGAUUGAAGGAACAAAAUAGGGUCAGCUUGGCUGCAAUAAGAGC